ACUGAAUAGCGAGUACUGUACAUCAGAUCCACGCUGCCUACCCCCCCGCAACCCAACCACCUCCUCACCCAAAGAGGCAAACAAAACACCCCAGACACAGACGCAAGAAUGAGCCGCAACUUCGUCCCCGUCGUCCUGGCCAUCGGCGCAGGAAUCUGCAGCGGGUACUACGUGUGGCAACCUAUUUUUAAGGAUUUGCAGAAUCAGAAGAAUGGGGGGGUGGUGAAAUUGGAGGAUGCUUCGGCUUUGUCGCAACAAAACAAACCAGCGGCUUCCACGUUUAAGGAUUCGGUGCCCCCCGCGGCUACGGACAAGUCUUUGGAAGAUGGGAAAGCGGCGGGACAAUGAGGCGAGGUUCCGGGUUGGUCGGUUGGGACGUGGAGAAUAUCAUUGUCAUUAUCCUCGAGGCGCUGCGCCGCGGUGAGCUCAGCUGCAGCACAAACGGGCUUGCCAUGCGUGCUGCUGGGCGGUGCGGGUGAGCGUCUCCCAGAAGUUCUCGCCUUGGUCCUUGGGAAUAAUUUGUGGCGGACACUGCUGGCUGGUGGUAUACACAGGACAGGCUUGCUUCCGUAUCCUGGAACUCGGAGACCAACACCUCUGUGGGGAACACUCAAGAUAGAACCCCCUCGCAGGGGCUAUGAAAGCUGCCAGGUAUACUGCCAUAUUGUAUC